AUGAUUGACGAUGUCGAUCCAGAUGCAAAGCACGAUCUGUUUGUCGUCUGUGUGCUAGGUCCACCAGGAGCCGGGAAAGGCACAAUAUGCGCCCAUCUAGCUGCAACGUAUCCACUUCUACAUUACUCAAUCGGUGACAAUCUACGUGCCUGGUUACGAGAUGACAGUCGGGACGAAGCUCUUGCAGCAGCCAUUCAGGAUAAGCUCAAUAAUCAAGGCUUUCUUACGGCAAAAGAUCUCGACCCGUUCAUUGCACAAGCAAUCAUGCAGGCGAGCCAGCAGAAUUUCAGAGGUAUCUUGGUCGAUGGCUUUCCGCGCUGCUUAGAGCAGUUGAAUGCUGGUCACAGCAGAGCGACAAAUCCAGACCUGGUCCUUGUCGUCAACGUCAGCCACACCAAUGCACGAUCGAGAUAUGUGGCUCGAAUGCGUGAUUCACGAGACAGUAUAGGGAAUUUCGAGAAGCGCUUUGCGGAGUAUGAGCGGGAGACGCUGCCAGUCUUGCGUGUGUAUCAACACAGAGUCCAUAUGCAUGAGGUGAAUGCAAAUGGAACCGAAGAGCAGAAUGUGGAGGAGGUAGAGCGACAGCUUGGCACAGCUGCCCCUUGGACGAAGGUUGGCUUGAUCGCAAGUGCCAAGAAAGAAGAGCAGAGUCAAGCUUGA